GUCAGUUCAUGACGCUGCGUCUCUUUGUUGGCUCAGCAGCAGCGACGCUUGUGUUGUUAUUUUCUCUGCAUCUGAAAAUCUGAAGUACUGGCUACUCAGCGAAACACUUUUCCUGUUUUGUUUUAUUUCGUUACUUCACUGUAUCGGGCUUUAAUCUACCACAACUAACAACAAUAACUCGGCUUGUCAUAAUCCGAAGUUAACCUAGUAAUGGACUCGGACGAGGGUUAUAACUAUGAAUAUGACGACGACGAGGAAUGUAGCGAGGAUAGCGUUGAAGAGGAGACUGAAGACGACAACCUGGAACUUGGGGAUGUGGAGCUGGUCGAUCCAGUGGUGGCCGGUGGUGAGCGAGAUGAAUGUGGAGAAACUGGGGGAAGCGGCCUCGGGCCUGGUCAAGAUGAGGAGGACUACCGAUUCGAAGUGCUCACUGCCGAACAGAUUCUCCAACAUAUGGUGGAGUGUAUCAGGGAGGUCAACGAGGUCAUACAGAAUCCAGCAACAAUAACUAGGAUACUUCUCAGUCACUUCAACUGGGACAAAGAGAAGCUGAUGGAAAGGUACUUUGAUGGUAACCUGGACAAGCUGUUCUCCGAGUGCCAUGUGAUCAACCCCAGUAAGAAGUCCCGGGCGCGUCUGGUGAACACGCGCUCUUCCGCACAGGACAUGCCAUGCCAGAUCUGCUAUCUCAACUACCCCAACUCGUACUUCACAGGCCUGGAGUGCGGUCACAAAUUCUGUAUGCAGUGUUGGGGCGACUACUUAACCACCAAAAUCAUAGAGGAGGGAAUGGGACAGACUAUUUCCUGUCCAGCACAUAGCUGCGAUAUCCUUGUGGAUGACAACACCGUCAUGAGGCUGAUCACAGACUCAAAAGUGAAGUUGAAGUACCAGCAUUUAAUUACUAAUAGCUUUGUAGAGUGCAAUCGACUGUUAAAGUGGUGCCCUGCGCCCGACUGCCACCACGUGGUCAAAGUCCAGUACCCUGACGCCAAGCCUGUCAGGUGCAAGUGUGGCCGACAGUUCUGCUUCAACUGUGGAGAGAACUGGCAUGACCCCGUCAAGUGUAAGUGGCUGAGGAAAUGGAUCAAAAAGUGUGACGACGACAGCGAAACAUCAAACUGGAUUGCUGCAAAUACCAAGGAAUGUCCCAAGUGUCACGUCACCAUAGAGAAGGACGGCGGCUGCAACCACAUGGUUUGCCGGAACCAGAACUGCAAAGCUGAGUUCUGCUGGGUCUGCCUCGGGCCCUGGGAGCCCCAUGGCUCUGCAUGGUACAACUGCAACCGUUACAACGAGGAUGAUGCCAAGGCAGCACGAGACGCUCAGGAGGUACGUUCUCGGGCAGCGUUGCAGAGGUACCUGUUCUACUGCAACCGCUACAUGAACCACAUGCAGAGCCUGCGCUUCGAGCACAAGCUCUACGCGCAGGUCAAGCAGAAGAUGGAGGAGAUGCAGCAGCACAACAUGUCCUGGAUCGAGGUGCAGUUCCUCAAGAAGGCCGUGGACGUGCUGUGCCAGUGCCGCUCCACGCUCAUGUUCACCUACGUCUUCGCCUUCUACCUCAAGAAGAACAACCAGUCCAUCAUCUUCGAGAAUAACCAGGCAGACCUGGAGAAUGCCACAGAAGUACUGUCUGGAUACCUGGAGCGAGACAUUUCCCAGGAUUCCCUGCAGGACAUCAAGCAGAAAGUCCAGGACAAGUACAGAUACUGUGAGAGCAGACGGAGAGUGCUGCUGCAGCACGUGCACGAGGGCUAUGAGAAGGACCUGUGGGAGUACAUAGAGGAUUGAGCCUGGCUUAAUCUCCCGACACACACACUCACUCGACACACACACACACACACUCACACACUCACACACACACACACACACACACACUCACACACAUUCACACACUGUCGACACACUUAAAUACACACACCGAGACAUGCACGGACUCUUAAGAUUAGCUUCUUCAUGGACAGGAGUGCUGAUGCAGGAACAGCAGAGCAGCAAAGGGGGGCAGCACUGAGCUCCCCUUCGCUACACACACACACAUAAACACACACACACUCUCUUACAGAACAUGUGCGCACACAUCCCUUCAUCCAGCCAGCACAAGUCCCACUCUACAUCCCUGGAGAUAUUUUUUUUUCUUUUUUUUUUCUUAAUUCUUUUCAUUAUUAUUUGUUUGUUCGUUUGUUUGUUUAUUUUUUAAACUCAAAAGUAAAUUAUAUUUAAAUAAAGAGUUAGACGAUUAAAAAAAAAAGGAGGAACAUGCUAAAAAACCAUCACGUGUACGACAGUAUUGUUAGCUGCCUAGCGGACUGGCUGAAGGCCCUGUCCCUCCCUGGGUUUGUGUUGUCGCCCCCCCAACCCCCACCCCCCCGACACCCGACUAAACCCACAGACACACAGAUACACAGAUAUCUGUUUUGUCUGUCUCCUUCGCUUCUGUCACUGUUCCAUCUUGGACUCUUUCUCUUGUUUUUAUUUUUUACAUAUAUCUAGCAGUCCCCGUAAGUGGGACAUGGGUUUUUGGUUUGGAGCGUUUUCACAGCUUUAAGAGUCCUCCUCCAUGCUUGCUGUGGGUGGGGCCAUGCAGCCAUGUCUGGGUUUGUGAAUGUUGAUUGGCUAAUUGUAAUGAGAUGUUUUAGGUAAGAAAACAUAACAAACUAAAAAAAAAAAUCUCAAAACAUAAAGAGCAAAUCAGUAUUUUUCGAUUUGUAAAUAAUGCAUAUAUGCAUGGACUUACGAGAGCUAGAGUGGCACGUGUUUGCAUAAUUUGUAAAGUCAUGGGGGAUACAAUAUUUAUUCUUUACAGAUACUCAAAAAAAAAAAUUAACAUCAACAAAAGGACGAUAUGCUGUAUUUCCUGUGUAGAAUGAGUGUCUGUCUCUUCUGCAUCUCUCACACAUGGCAGUGGAGACUGGGACUAAGACUUUUUCCCAACGCAGACUGGUGCGCUUGUGGUUCGACCCAUUCCAAACCACCCCACAUCAGUGCAAAAACACCCCUCAGCGAAAGCGGUGCUUCUCAAAGCAGCAGUGUCAUCUAUGCCAAACGAUCUCUGCCAAAGCGCAGGCAGGCUUGUUGAGCACGCUGCAAAGGUGGGAGAAAAACUGAUGAUGAUGCUCGUGCUCUGUUACUUGGAUACUACGCUGGUGUUGAGGUGCAAAGACUGCGCUGGGCUAAGAGGACUGGGGGGGUGUGGCCAGGAACUUUGAGUCUCCCUCUCCUUUCUCUCUCUCAUUCUCUGACUCUCUCUCUCUCUCGGACCCCUGGAUUGAUUUAGAAAUGUAGCGUUAUGAUUUUUUUGAAAGCGUGACACUACUCAUUUCUGAGAGCCCGAUUUGAGUGACAUUCACUCAUGUAACCUCUUUUCCUUUCUGUUGAAAUAGCAUUCUUCAUCAACAACGUGUGAUUCGCUUGGCUUGGCUUGGCUUGAUGCUCCACAAAGAGAGAACCAUGCUUCUCCUGAACAGGUUUAAAGGGAGCUGAUGACAUCCACAACCGUGCUGAAAACUGCAGGCUAGACUAGGCGAAGCGGUCGCAUAUCAGCUGAGCGUUUACCAUUGUAGCAUUAUUUUUCAGACUUUUCUUUUGCAGUGUGCUUUUAAGUCUUUCCAGAGUCUCAGAGUCUGGAUGUCUAGUCCUGGUGCAGGGGUCUGUGUGUGUCUGUGUGUGUGGGUGGAGGUCUUAAGAGCACAAUGCUGCUGACUGGAACAGACCCUUGGCUUUGUCUGUUACCACUGAUGGCACACUGUCUAACCGUGGCACUGAUCUCCGGCUCACUAAAGCAAAAGCAGAACCUCUCGUCGGGUGGGAUUUGUACAGCCUCCAUGGUUUACUGUGAGCCAUAAACACCUGACGGGAAGCAUGUUCUGACUCCAGUAGCCUACUAGGAGGGAUCUUAUGCUUGUCUAAUCACUCACGCUUGCAACCUGGCUUCCGCUCCCAACGUGCAUCAUGAUGUGUAAACCAUUAUGGUAUUGAGGACAGGUAAAGUGGAACUGUAACUAUUGUUGUGUACAUUCUGCUAUGCUGUGAAAUUAUGUCCCUGGAGUGCACUUCAAGGAUGCAAGGACAAGCAAAGAGUCUGAUUUCUGUGCUCUAUGAUCUAGUUAAACAUACGUGUUUAAGUCCUGCACACGAGUGUCUGACAGAUGUCCCGUUGUUGACGUCAGCCGCCCAUACUACCGUACUUUCAAAUUCCAGCAGCUUUGCAAAGCAACUUUAAACAUCAAAACCUAAUGCAUCCAAGACUGACACAUUAAUGUCUUGUUAUCAAUUAAAACAAAUGUCAAAUAGUCUGUUUAGGGGAAGGGGGUAAGUGUGGACAAUUAGAGUAGGCUGUGUUUUGUAUACUAUGAUGUUAAACAUUAAGGCAAAGUGGAAUCCCAUGGCUCUGAUCUCAAGGUGGUCUUCCAGAUGUUUGUGUGGGGUGAGAUAUUAAGGACUCAUCUAUUAUUUAGAUGAACUACAACAGCUGGAACUUCGAUCUAAAAUGAAAUAAUUAUUAAAAAUGAUAAUAUUUUACUCGAAUUGCAUCAGUGUGACCUUGGUGAUGCAUUUUCAUGUUUGGCAACUUGUUUUUGUUUUGUUUAUCCCACUGUCCUACCAGUAAAUACUUGGGGGAAUAUGUAGGGUUAUAUGAAGAUGUGCAAUUGUUUGUUGGCUGUCUCCCUUUCCCACAGCCAGGUGUCGCUCUAGCCGACAUGAGGCUUCUCAAAGCUGUCUGUUGGGUCAUGUCCCCGUAGUUCAUGAAUAUUGCGAUUUAAAACAUUCACAGAUACAAAAAGCAGCUACGUCCAUCUGAUUAAGACAUCCAAAAAAAAAACUUUUAAUACUUUUCUACAUAUAUCUUUUCUUUAUGCUAUUAAAUUGUUUGAUUUCUUAUAUACAUAGUGUACAAAUGUGGAGGAAAUUAGUUGUCUGUUUUGGAGAAAACAUUAAAGUGCAAAAAUGUUGCAAAUGUU